AUGCCCGCAGUCAGGGUUGAUGUUCAAGAUGUCGAAUCUGUCUCCAGCGCCGACUCGGACGGGGUUGGCAGGAUAGACAUCGAAGAAGCCUUUCAUACUAAAAAUAGACGGCAAGGCUGGACAGUCGGACAGUCGGAUUGCUUUCAAGAUCAGGGCUUGUCAGGCGAACAAUCGGUCGUUAAGGUCGUCAAAAAAAUCUCUACUGAAAGACCAGAAACCCCGGCCAUCUCUCAACCUGGUACGCACAACGUACGUCCGUCGAUCUCGCCGCCGCCACCGCCAUUGCCUCCAAUCGUACACAACGGGGUCAAUUACGGUAGCCACGAAGCCAAUGAUUUCUACGGAAAUCGUUCACACAUCAUCAUACACUCAAAGUACCUCACAGACGCCCUAAAGGCUGUGGUAGCACACUAUCCGGGCUUUCAUCUCCAAACCUCGCCAGUAACCAUUAACGCACCGUAUUAUGCAUUGUACCAUCAUUGGCGGGAGCUUGCUGCUUACAGCAGUAACCAGCCAUCGAAACACGACGAGGUAUACAAGGCGACUACAUCUCACCACAUUGAUGUGCUGCUGCAGUUUCUAGAUGCCACUUUUGGGGCCGACUUCCGUGAGAAAGAAGCCCGGCACAAACUUGACAAUCCAGUCACUACGCAUGAGUGGUGUUGGACCUUGUUCAAGCCCGGCCAGGUCGUCUAUGCCAAAAUGCACGGGACGUGGUCCGCCUACAUUGUCAGCGGCAUCAAAGGCCCGAGGGUGACGGACGGAGGAUACGACGUAUAUGCAUGGUUUGUCCGAGCGCGUGGCAACACCCUUGCCAGGGUAUUUACCAAGUUCUCGGAAGAGACGUGGGAGGGUGAAGUCCCAAUCACUAGCCUCGCAGUGGUCCCUGAAGAAUAUUGGACGGACGACCUGCAAGGCCAGGAUGGAAAGAAGCCAAGAGUGCCCUUGCGCAAGAAGCUCAUCGAAGAAGGGAAAUUGCUUUGGGAGCUUCUCAAAGAGCCCACCUCCAAGCAAUACGACGGUGAGCUUGUCGGCGAAGGCAUACAAAUCAAGGAUACUCAGAAGGGACUCGUAUCAGGACGUGUCAUUUGCGACUCGUCUGGGUUUGAAGAAUACUGCCCAGACAAGAAGCAGCAACCGCAAUGCCAAUCAAGACCAACACGUCCAAGAUCACCACCUCCAAAGGACCAAUGGGACUUGAAUCGACUUCCACAGGCUCGCCCUCGUUGUGCCUGCCGUCAUUGCAUGUCCAACCGAGGAAAUUACCCUGAAAAAGUCAUAUUCCAUGAGUUCAAACCGCUCACCCCUGACAUCCACGAAACGCCCACAACCGCCCUCUUCUAUCUCGUGUGCAGCGGACUCGUACCCGGCCUCAUAAUGGCCUCCCGCCGCUGGGGCACCUUCCAAAUCUCCAAUCUCUGGACGUCAAACAGGACAAAGAAGCAUUCAAGCAAAGGCCGCAUCUUCCUCCUCCACGGCCAGCCAGGCGUCGGCAAAACCUCAACGGCAGAAUGCAUCGCCGGGCUCGCCAACCGGCCCCUCAUGGCCCUCACAUCCGGCGACCUCCUCAGCUCCCUCGACGACGUGGAGGGGAGCCUGGCCUACUUCCUCGCGCUGGGCCAGCGCUACGGUGCGCUCGUCCUCCUCGACGAGGCCGACGUCUACCUUGAGCACCGGACCGCCAGCGACGUUGCCCGCAACGGCCUGGUGUCCUCCGCGCACUCGAAUACACCGCGGCGUGCUGUUCCUCACCACCAACCGGGUACAGUCGUUCGACGCCGCGUUCCUCAGCCGGAUUCAUGUCGCGCUGCACUAUAA